AUGAGCGCCCCAGCAACAUUCAUCUCCUUCAACUCCAACAAUCCCCGCCAAACCCCGGCCAAGGAAAAUACGCCGAUCCCAGAAAACUCCAAAGACGCUCAGCAAUCGAAAACCAAGACUCCUUCCUCCUCGAAUUCGCCCCGCGCCGAUGCGCUUUCAAACCUAUUUGGCGUCAUUGGGACGUCCAAUCGCUACUCACGCCCCCAUGCGAUCGACCAAGGCCCCGACGAACUUCCACAAACCCUCCAGCCUCAACGCGCCCAGGCGCCCCAGCCGAAAGCCUCUCAGACAGUUCCAGUUGCCUCAGAGCUGCGCAAAAUACUUGAGAACCCGGCAAAGACAACCAAAGAUGCUUGGGAAUACUUUGAGCGUCAUUACACCAGUCCAGACUGUCCACCUCUGAAGUCUCCUUCUCUGCUGGACGUUCGUGAAUUGGUCUCGGGAGAACAAUUCAAUAGAUUACAAUGGGAUCUUCUGCGGGACUGGUACGCUGGGAAGUCGGACGCAUCACUACCAACUCCAAUCGAGCUCGCACAAAAGUAUGUUUAUCUGGGUAUCAUGAAACCAGAGUUCUGGCAUCCGAUUCUUUGGUCUCUGAACACACGCGCGCUGAAGAAGUUGCACCCCGGAGCGACGGAAACUUCCCGGAGGUCGGCCGCUGAGAUGAUGGCCCAGAUCAUCAGGAUAUGGGACCUACUUCUCAAGACUUGCAGUAACGCUGAAGGAUCCACCGGAGUGCAGUCCCCCGCCCCCAUGUGGUCAUCCUUGCCUCCUUGGGCUACGGUGCGCCAAAUAACAAGGCCGUUGCGUUUUUUUGGUACCCGGCUCAAUCAAUUCAUUCCGGCCAUGGAAGCAAAAUUCAUGAAUCGCAUUGCAUACUCGGCACUGAUCACCUUCGACAUUCUCACACGAGACAACAUCAAAUUGAUUUUGGACGAAGAAAUCGUGUCAGAUUCUGAACCCUUUAUUGUUUUCGUCGCGCAUCUCAUCCCUGGAUCAAUACGUCUUCCGGUGAAGCAGUACGACGAUUCGCCAAAUGAUAUGCUUAGGCUCUUGGGGACCGCCCAAGUACCUUCCGAAGCGAUAACUGCAUUAUCGAAUCGAGUCCUGAACUCUGUAAGCAAGUGUAUGAAGAUCAUUGGCUCUGCCGCACACUCGGCUAGCUCUUCCGGACCCUCGGCUGGCAUUGAGGAGGAGACCCGGCCUCCAGGCCAAUCACUCGAAGAUUUUUAUUAUGGGCGCAUCGCUCGUGCCUAUUCCCAGGACAAACGGUUCGUAAUAUAUGACCUCUGGGUGGAAGCUUGCGAGGCAUUGUCUCGGCAGAAUAACGAGACCAAGGCCCCACAGGUGCCACCAGCGUUGUACGACUUGACCCUUGAAGCCCUCAUGGCAAUGAAGUUGCCGGAUCAAGCCAUAAAGGUUUGGAAUCAGAUGGUUGAAAGCGGAACCAAGCCAACAAUCAAGACCUGGACGGCGAUGAUCAAUGGCUGUGGAAGGGCAAAAGAUUUCGAAGGAUUGGAGCAGAUGUGGGCGAGAAUGCUCAGUUCUGGUGUUCAGCCGGAUGUUCAUGCCUGGUCUGCGCGCAUCUCAGGAAUAAUGCGUUCACGUAAAUUCACGUAUGGCCUUGAGGCUCUCGACGAGAUGGGGAAGAUAUGGGUAGACGCAUACAAGCGUCUGAAAUCUCCCUCGAAACGGAAAAAGUCACAAGCGGAGCCAGACCCGGCCAUGCUCCCCGCAAAACCCAGCACGGUCAUCCUGAAUGGAACCAUCACCGCCAUAGCGCAAUCUCAAGGCCAGAACCAGCAAUAUCUAGCUCGUAUUCUGGCGUGGGCUCGGAGCUUCGGCAUUGCUCCUGAUGUUUUCACUUAUAAUUCUUUGAUUGCCAUGUCUCUUAGCACUGGCAACGGCGAAGAAGCCAUGAAGCUGCUCCAGCAAAUGGACAAAGCCAAUAUACAGCCGGAUGCCGCGACAUUUGCUAUUAUUCUCAACUCAAUCUUUCGCAGCGAGACCACAGCCAACAUGUCACCGAAGGAGCAAAACGAGAAGGUCAUGGGCGUCCUUCGGAACCUCGAGGCCCACGGACUCACAGCCACACCACAUAUCUAUUCGACAUUGGUCGACGGCUUGCUCAGGAGACACGGCAAUGAAGCAGCCGCGAGGGCAGUCCUUGACUACAUGGUCGCAAAGAAAGUUGACAUCCCACCGCAUAUUUUCACUGUCCUCAUGGCGCACUACUUCGCGCACUAUGAGUUUGAGGCCAUCGAGCAGCUGUGGAAGCAAAUCAAAGUGUCUGGCGUCGUUGUCGACACUAUCUUCUACGACCGAAUGAUUGAGCGCUACGCCGCUGUCGGCGACAUCCCGAAAAUGUUGGCCUUCCUCAAGCGCAUGUCCAACGAAGGCCUUACUCCUGGCUGGCCUGCGCUUCAGCAGGUCGUUGUGAAGCUUGCCGAAGCUGGUGAAUGGAAGAAGUUCGAAGAAAUUGUGAAUGAUGUUGAGCAGGGAGUCGGUAUCGCACAAAAUGGUAUGAAGGCUUCAGAGGACAACGUUAUCUCUAAUUUCUGGAAGGCUGUGGCGUGGAAACGGGCGGAGAAACCCAAGCCUGGGAACCCGGAGCUAAGUUUCAUGCAGGCGCGGCAUGGGAUUUGA